CCUCUCCUAAGCCUGCUUUAGUGCACUUCCUGUCUGCAGGCUGUAAUAAGGCCUGACUCCUCCUCAGAGCAAAGUCCUCCUGCUGAACACGAGGAGAAGGAGAGGAGAAGGAGAGGAAGGAGAGGAAGGAGAAGGAGAAGGAGAAGGAGAAGGAGAAGAUGGGAGCUCAGGAUCAGGAGGAAGAAGCUGCUGCUCCGACAGAAACCAAGAAGAAGAAGCAGACGUCUAAAGAAGUUUGUUUCUCCGUCCUGCCCGACAGAUACGAGCCUCUGAUCGAGGAGGAAGAGGAGGAAACACAGGAGGAGAGGAGGAAGAGGAAGGAGGAGAAGAAGAGGAGGAAGACCAAGAGGUACAAGAAGAUCAGGAAGAACGUGGGGAAGGCGCUACGUCUGAGCUGGCGCUGUUUGAUGCUCGGUCUGCAGAACAUGGCGGCCGUUUACUCCACUCCGUCCUCCGCUCUGUCCACCGUGGUGAGCGAGGUCCAGAGGAGCAAAGCAUGAUGGGACAUGGAGUCCCCUGAGCACGGACCUGUAGUUCCUUCUGUGGCCUGUGUGUGGAGAUCCUUCCUAAUGUGGACGACCUGGACGACUUUAAUACACUGAGCCUGGCACAUGUUAGCAUAUGUUAGCAUACAGCGGUACUGUAUUUUUAUGUAUAUGUUCUUGAGGAAAACAUAUUUUAUGACGUCACAAAUACAUUUCUGUCAGCAAACAAACCGGACCAAGAGAGCGAUGUGUCCUGUGUGAAACCAAAAGUUUACCUAUUUACGACGCAACUAUUAAACAACAAACACACCUGCAUAAAUAUGCACAAAUGUAUCUGUAUUAGUAUAUUGUAUUAUUAUGUCGUGUACUGCACUAUUACUUAGUUGCAUUUUAAAUAUAUUUUACGUAAAUCAUUAACAAAUUGCAAGUCAGCAGAAGAGCAAGGUAGCUGUUAGCCCCAA